AUGAUCCCCUGCCAGCACGUCCUGAGGGACUUCCCUCCACUGGCUUCCCUUCCCUGGCUUCGCAUCCUCUCAUUCUGGCAACCGGCCAAAUGUGCAGAACUCCGGCCAGGCUGUGGGCACCUCCUCUGGCUGGGAAAUGACGAGAUCCGAGGGGCAUCUCCGCGGUGCCACCUUAACGUCGAAGGCUCCCCUGGCAAAGGAGGCAACGCUUGCAAGUUUAUUCAAAGGGAAGUCCCGCCCAGCGCUGCCCUCCUUGGAUUGGUUAUCGCAAAAUCAGGACUCCUGGGUCCACUGGGGAUGAAAGUGCCUGUGGUUUUAGCUGCUGCACAACAAGCAGAAAUUCAGCCAGUUCGCAUCGCCACAAAAAAGAGGGGAGCUGGCUGUGGUGGAGACAUAUGGUCACAUAUGUCUGGGUUUUUCUUUCAUUCCUAUGAGGCCAAGGAGAGCUGCCUAUCAAAAUAUGUGGCCUUGGUUUUGCUCUGCUGCCUCCCUCUAUCCCUCCUGUCACAAAGAACAAAGUCUCCUUUUGUGUGUCUUUCAGCGAGUGGCCUGGAUUUCCUCCCUCUGCAGAGAUCAUGUAACCAGGAGCCAAUAAAGCAGGUUCUGCUGCUGGGGACCUGGGCCUGUGAAAGGAGAGGCAACAGUCCCAAGACCAUGGCCAGGCGGGUUGCACACUCCAUAGAGUACGGUGGAAUAACCCUCCCCGCUCUAGUGCACAGUGAAGACAGCGUUCGGUAUGCCCAUCGGAGCUUCCAGGUGCAAGACAGCGACAUCUUCAACAUCACAUAUCCAAAAUCUGGGACAACUUGGAUGAAGGAAAUCCUCACCCUGAUCCACAGCAACGGGGACCCCACUCUCUCACGGUCAUUACCCUGCUGGGAACGGGUGCCCUGGAUCGAACAGGUCACAGCGGUGAAAUACCUGGAGCACCAAACGUGCCCCCGCCUCAUAACCUCUCACUUACCCGCAGCAAUAUUUCCAGAAUCGUUCUUCACCUCUCAGGCUAAGGCCAUUUACACCGUCCGCAACCCCAAGGAUGUCUGUGUCUCGCUCUAUUACUACACCAAGAUGGCUUCGUUUCUGGAGCACGAGGAGGAUUUUGGGGAAUUCAUCAGGAAGUUUGUUUCAGGGGAAGUUCUCUUUGGCUCCUGGUUUGAUCAUGUCAAGAGCUGGCUAGCCUACAAAGACCAGGCAAACUUUCUUCUUCUGACCUAUGAUGAAUUGCUGAAGGACUUACGGGGCAGCGUUCUCCGCAUCUGCCAGUUCCUGGCGAAGGACUUAGAUGUGCCUGCUGUUGACUCCGUGGUGGAGAACGCCUCCUUUGAAGCCAUGAAGGGCAACAAGAUGGUGAACUAUAGCCUCGUCUCUGAGGAUAUUAUGAACCAAAAGAUCAGCCCCUUCCUCAGGAAAGGGAUUUCUGGAGAUUGGAAAAACCAUUUCACUUCAGAGCAGAGUGCUGCAUUCCAUCAUCUCUACCAGGAGAAGAUGAAAGACGCAGGGAUCAGAUUUCCUUGGGAUGAACUCCAAACUGAAAUCCACCAGGAACCUUAAGGUUUCGGAGAGGGAAACGUUAGGUGCAGAAUUUUCCCCUUUCUAACGUCCUUAUACACCAGCCUUUGUUAUGAGAACCAGCUUACUCUUUUUAACACAAAAGCUACCAUUCUCUUCUCACAUAAUAUAGGAGUCCCAGCUAUCAGCACUACUGAGGAUUCCAGUGCAGGGUUAUGUUUUGAGAAACGAACAGUAGGGGCUCUUCACUCUGAUAGAAAGCAGAGGGCUAGCUUAUACAACUGGAAGAAUCAAAGUUUUCUUGGAUUGUAUCACAUCAAGCUGCAGUGGUGGUGGUGAUGAUGUUGCGUGUCUGAGUCACCCCCCCACAAAAGAAAAUGCUUCCUGCAUUUAGAAAGCUAGCCUUUCAGGGACAAAGGGUCUGACCUUUCCUUUCCCCACUCACAUGCUAGAUUUUGUUCCCCAGGCAAGGAGUUCUCUUGUGUUCUUUUGCUGCUGUGUCGCAAUAUUCCUGUGCCUCUCUUUACUACAAAAGAACAUUUGUUUUUGCCAGUUUUGUCUGCCUUCCCUCUUGCAGGUGACUUUUGUUUUAUUUGCAGUCGAGACUGGUUAUAAAAUUUUGCCUCCCCAAACUAAUAAAGCAGCAAUAGCUCUCCCGACUGUCCACUA